CUUCAGUAUCGACUGCUGACGCCAGUACUUGUUCAAGCACCAUGCUGUUUACUUCAAUGUCAAACGCUUCUACUUCCGCUGCUGCUACUGGGCUCUCUUUUGGUGCUCCAACAACUUCGACUGGAACAUUUGGUGGCAUAACUUGGGGAUUUGGAUUAAAAGUCCCUGGAACAGGUGGAGCAGCUCAUACUGCUUCUACUACAACAUCAACGACAACCACCACCACUGUCACCACUACCACCACCACUACCACAACCACCAGUGGCUUUACCUUGAACCUAAGGUCACUGAUGUCAUCUGGGAUUAACAACAUUUUUCCAGUUGGCAUUAAUUCGCUACCGUUUACUUCGACUGUUAAUUCAAUUGUAACUCCCGUGAUGACUUACGGUCAGCUGGAUGGUCUGAUAAACAAAUGGAACCUUGAUUUAGAGGAUCAAGAGAAGUACUUUCUUCACCAGGCCACUCAGGUCAAUGCUUGGGAUCGUACCUUGAUUGAGAAUGGUGAGAAGAUUACUACUUUACAUGGAGAAGUGGAAAAAGUGAAACUGGAUCAGCAGAGGCUGGAACAAGAAUUGGAUUUUAUCCUGUCACAGCAGAAGGAACUGGAAGAUCUCUUGACCCCUUUAGAGGAGUUUGUGAAGGACCACAGUGGGGCUCCUUAUCUGCAGCUAGCAGAUGAGGAUCAUGGGAAGACUUACAAAUUAGCAGAAAAUAUAGAUGCUCAGCUGAAACGAAUGGCCCAAGAUCUCAAGGACAUUGUUGAGCACCUGAAUAGAGUUGGAAGUCCUGCUGACACUACUGACCCGCUCCAGCAGAUCUGCAAGAUCCUGAAUGCUCAUAUGAACUCUCUACAGUGGAUUAAUCAGAAUUCAGGCAUGCUGCAGAAGAAGGUAGAAGAAGUAACACGGGUUUUUGAGGAUCAUUGUCGUGCGGAGCAAGAACACAAUAUCAGAAUUGCUUUUGAUUGAACGACCAUUUAUUCAGCAUGCUGUUUUGGGAUUAUACAUUAUCUACAAGUUGUUAUGAUGUGAAAUAGAGUAGUAUUCACAAUUAACUACUUAGUGUUUGGUUGCAAUGAAGUUUUCUUGUGGUUGGUUUGAUUUUUUUUUUCAUUUAAAUAUUGUGCUGUUGAGAAUUAUACUGUAGUUUGGCUUUUAGUAGUAGCAAAUCGUGACUGUAUUAGCCCUCUUGGCUCUAGGCAGUAACCUAUUACAUGUUGACUCCGUGUGUGUAAUUUGUAUCUUAAACUCUCCUAGAUCGCAUAUUCUACCAGCAGCACACAUUGUCCUUCUUCCUCUAACUGAAUCAUCGAGAAAUGUUUGCCAAGAAAUAGAUUCCAGCUAGUCUUUACUGGGUGCCUGCUUUCAACAUGUAGUGUACUGUAGUCUUUUUCCUCAAAGGAACUUACUGUCUAGUUUGAGAUAUAAUUAAUGCCUGUCUGUAUGAAAACAGUAUAGAUAAUACAAAGAAGUGUGUUAUAAAGUAUAGAAAAUGUGAGAAAUUCGGAGAAGAAGAAACAUUAGAGUAGAUUUAGUUCUUGAAUUAGGUUAUGUUUAAAAGGGUAAGGUUCAUGCAAUUCAUAUAUUUUUGAUGUACAGAUAGUCUGGUAUUUUAUUUGGUUUUAGCAUGUAGUUGCUGGCUUUUGGAUAUUUGUUUUUCAUGAAAAAACCUUGUUCUUAGCUUGGGAACAGUCUGAUCUCUUGUGUUACAUGUUUUACCUGUCAUAAAUAAAGGUAAUAUUCUAAAAAAUAAACGUAUAACAUGAAAGCAAACUUA